AUGUCAGAAAAGCUAGCUGGUUAUCCAGAAAAGUUAUUGUGUCCAUGCAAAGUUUGUCGAAACUUAAGUCACCAAUGUAUUAACAUUUUGUAUGAACACUUAGUCAUUUAUGGGAUUGAUCCAACAUACAAAAUCUGGUUUCAUCAUGGGGAAGAAUUAUCAAGAGAUGAUGACGUAGAGACAAUGGAAACAUUUGAUUCUUACAACUUGUUUAGGGCUACAAAUAUUGAUGGUUGUGAUUUUGAAAGUCAUCUAGAAGGUCAUGAUGACACUUUUAUGGAAAAAAUAGAAGAUGCAGACACUCCAUUAUAUCCACAAUGCACUAAAUAUACUAAGUUAUCGUCAAUUGUUGCAUUGUAUAAGGUUAAAACUACCAAUGGAUGGUCUGACAAAAGUUUGGAUGAAUUGUUAAGACUUUUGAAUGAUAUGUUUCCUUUAGAUAAUAUGAUCCCCAAGUCUAUGUAUGAGGUUCGAAAAUUUCUUCGAUUAUUUGAUUUAGGAUAUGAAAAGAUUCAUGCGUGUGUUAAUGAUUGCUGUUUGUUUAGAAAAGAUAAAGAAAACUUGCAAGAAUGUCCAACAUGUGGAACUUCACGUUGGAUGUCAGAUAAGCUGACUAAAAAGGUUCGACACGGUGUCCCAGCAAAAGUUUUGAGGUACUUUCCUAUAAUCCCUAGGUUGAAACGGAUGUUCAUGUCUAAAAGAAUUUCAAAGGAAUUAAGAUGGCAUCACAACAAUAAAAGUUGCGAUGGAAAAAUGCGUCACCCAGUGGAUUCAGCAGCAUGGGAGCUAGUCAAUGAUAAAUGGCCAUCAUUUUCAAAUGAAGAGAGAAAUAUUAGACUUGGCCUUUCCACAGAUGGAUUUAACCCAUUUAGUAAUUUAAGUUCUAAGUAUAGUGUUUGGCCUGUUUUGUUGGCCAUGUACAACUUACCCCCAUGGUUGAAACAGGAGAAUAUUUUAUUAUCAAUGUUAAUUCCAAGACCUAAACAGCCUGGGAAUGAUAUUGAUAUAUACUUAGAACCCCUCGUAGAGGACUUGAAAUUAUUAUGGAAUGAGGGUGUCGAUGCUCAUGAUGCAUUGGACAAUACAAAUUUCAAGUUGCGGGCUAUUUUGAUGUGGACAAUCCAAGAUUUUCCAGCAUACGGGAACCUUGCUGGUUGUAAAAAUAAGGGAUGUUUUAGUUGUCCCCUAUGUGGUUAUGGUACUCAUUCAAAGUGGCUAAAACAUAGUGGGAAGUUUUCAUAUCGAGGUCAUCGUAAAUUUCUUAAAGAGGACCAUCCAUUUCGGAGUACAAGAAGUUGGUUUGAUGGAGAAGUUGAGCAUGGAAAUCCGCCAAGAAUCAUGAAUGGGACUACAAUUGCUGAACACCUUAAAGAUUUUGUGAAUUGGUUCAUAUCGGACGAGAAACACGACUAUGUGGACCAGUCCAAUUUCGAUGGAUUUUAUGUGAACAUUCUAUUAAUGAUGAGAAAUUGUGUGAUUAAUAGACGCAUGAAGAUAUUGAAAGAUUAUGUCAGAAAUCGAGCAAGGCCUGAAGGUUGUAUUGCAGAGUGUUAUAUUGCAGAUGAGUGUGUGAGCUUUUGUAAUGAAUUCACUGACCAUUCAAUUGAACUAAACACAAAAGAAGGUCGAAAUGAAGAGUGGUCAAAUGAUGUGAUACUUGAAGGUCGUCCAAUUUCUAGGAGGAAAGAAAUUAUACUGACAGAUGAGUUGUUAGAAAUUGCACAUCGAUACAUUCUGUUAAAUACAUCUGUUGUGGAGCCUUUUCUAGAGUAA